AAAAGGGAUUACAGUUCCUGAGAUUCAAGACUCACCCACUAGUCCUUGGACAGCCAUGGCCCAGAAGUUCUGGGCUUCCUGUUUCUUCCCACUGUUUUUCGCUGCCUUGGCUCAGGAGACUCUGAAUCCUCAGAAGUCGAAGGUGGAUUGUAACGAAGGGGUGGCUGGCACCAUCUUUGAUUAUGGAGCCAAGACCUUGGAUGGUAGGGAGUACAUCCAGUUCCAGCAAUACGCAGGAAAGCACCUCCUCUUUGUCAAUGUGGCAUCCUUCUGUGGCCUGACAGCUACUUAUCCUGAACUGAACAAACUGCAGGAGGAGCUGAAGCAGUUCGAUGUCAUCGUUCUGGGCUUCCCUUGCAACCAGUUUGGAAAACAAGAACCUGGAAAGAACUCAGAGAUCCUUCUUGGACUCAAAUAUGUGCGUCCAGGAGGUGGCUAUGCCCCCAACUUCCAGCUCUUUGAGAAGGGCGAUGUGAACGGAGGAAAUGAACAGCCGUUUUAUUCUUUCUUAAAGAAUGCCUGCCCUCCCACCUCUGAACUUUUGGGCUCUCCAGAGUAUCUCUUCUGGCAACCCAUGAAGGUCCAUGACAUCCGCUGGAACUUCGAGAAGUUCCUGGUGGGGUCCGACGGAGUCCCUGUCAUGCGCUGGUUCCACAAGACUCCUGUCAGAACUGUCCAGUCAGACAUCAUGGAGUACCUAAACCAAACCCGUACCCCGAAGGGCAUGCCAUACAAAUAGUCCCUUUGCUCUGCUCCCUCACCAGCCUUCAUAUGGCCAAAGCAUGCAGCGCUACCCGUAUCCCUAUAAAUGCACAUGCGAACAGCUCUAGGUGAACUUACGCAAAGUUUAUUUGUGGUAGGCGUAUACAUGCCUUGAAAAUUAAGUCAAAGAAAAACUGUCUACCCAAAUAUCGGACUCUGAGAUAUCAAGUUUUCCUAAUCUACUCCAAAAGAAAAUCAUAUUUUAGAGUUGAUGACCCAGACAAUCCCAUGUAUAUAAAAAGUGACCCUCAAAGAUCCUGAUCACUUCCCUGGUGGGACGUAGGAACAGGUGGCCAGAUCCUCUGGGUUCCCUUCCCAGCCUCUUCUCCUCUCAAUCUGGGCAUGCUUUGUCAAGUCAUUUUUCUGUUUAGUGCCACACCAUCCUGUACUAUUCUUAGGGGAUUCUGAAGACCCAGAAACCUCCCUCAUGAAGGGAGGGGCCAUCUCCACCAUGGUAGGUUCCAAGCUCCUCCUGGGUCACGCCCUACCUGCGUCUUCCUGGAUGCCUUCUGUUAAUGCAUUCAUAUCUGGCACAUACGUCCUUCACACCAAAUGCUGUACUUCACUCCCGCCCAAAUUUUCCCAACUUUACGUUCAUUCCCAUUAUUACUGUCUCAAAUAAUAAAUAAUCUAAUAAAUAAUAAAAGAACCUGC